UCCCGGCCCCGCGCUGACAGGGGGGCCUGGCCGCGCCGCGGGUAAGUGUCGCCGCUGCCCGCCGCUACCACCCGCUGCCUCAGGCGUGGGGAGGAAGCCCAGGGACACCGCGGGGCAGCGGCUGCGGCUCAACUGGUAGGGAGAGGAGGGAGAGUGCUCUGUCAGCCGGGUGGUCGCUUGCGGCUGCCCCCGCCAGGCCAGCCGCGCGUGUCAGUCUUGGUCGAGGCAGGGGGCGGCGGGGGCGCCUCAGUCAUGGCGAAGCGCGAGAGCCAGCGAGCGGCGAAACAGUUGGAGAGCUGUUCAAGUGACAAUGGGAGAUCCAGAGAAGGGGAAGCCACUUUUCAGCUAUAAUUUAUUCUCUGGACUUCAGGAUUCUUACACUUGACAUGUCAUUAUCUAGAGCAAUAAUGAACAAUGGCCUAUUUUGGAUUAGUUGAUGACCUUCGGUAAUGAUCUAAUAAUAUCUACCACAGAGAAGCUGAAUAUACUUCAUUUGGAGUGAACAGCCCAGAUUGUUAUUGACUUUUAAAGAUGACAGAUCCAAUGAUGGACUUUUUUGAUGAUGCCAAUCUUUUUGGUGAGACCUUAGAAGGUUUAUCAGAUGAUGCAUUUGUACAACCAGGACCUGUUUCACUAGUUGACGAAUUGAACUUGGGUGCAGAGUUUGAACCUUUGCAUAUAGACUCAUUGAACCAUGUUCAUGGUACUCCAACACAUCAGAAGAUGACUGAUUUUGAACAGUUAAAUCAAUUUGAUUCAAUGAAAUUUCAUCAAGUUAAUCAGUCUUUUGGUAGCCCAGCUGAACAUGUGUUAUCACCACACUCUCAGUUUAAUUGUUCACCUAUCCAUCCCCCAAACCAACCCAAUGGUUUGUUUCCAGAUGUGGCAGAUGGCAGUCCAAUGUGGGGUCAUCAGACAGCUACUAACAUUUCUAAUCAAAAUGGAUCUCCUUUUCACCAACAAGGACAUUCACAUUCUAUGCAUCAAAAUAAAAGCUUUGUGGCACACCAUGACUUUGCCUUAUUUCAGGCCAAUGAACAACAAACACAGUGUACUUCACUACGCUCACAACAAAACAGAAAUAAUCUUACCCCAGGGCAAAAUUCUCUUAACCAUUCUAUUAAUGUUUCUGGUCCUCAUAGAGUCAGUGUUAACCACCCACCACAAAUUACUAAUGCAUCUACUUCACAACAGUCUCUUUCGAUGCAAUUUUCUCAAACGUCAAAUCCUUCAGUACACUUCCUCAAGUGUAACAAUCAUCAAGAAGGAAAUUUUAAUGGACCCUCUCCAAAUAUGACUUCUUGUUCUGUCAGUAAUUCUCAGCAGUUUUCUUCACAUUAUUCCUUUUCCAAUAAUCAUAUUUCACCAAACAGUCUCCUUCAAUCCUCUGCAGUUCUUGCACCCAAUCAUGCAAAUCAGACUCUAUCUGAUUUUUCUGGAAGUAAUUCCUUUUCACCUCAUAGGGGAAUCAAGCAAGAAUCUACUCAGCAUAUCCUAAACCCCAAUGCAUCAUUGAAUUCAAAUAAUUUUCAAAUGUUGCAUUCAUCACAUCCUCAGGGUAAUUAUAGCAAUUCAAAAUUAUCUCCUGUGCAUAUGAACUUCCCAGAUCCUGUUGACUCAGGAACUCAAAUGGGCCAUUUCAAUGAUCAUGUAGAAACUAAUGGCUUUUCAUCUUUAGAAGACAAUUUACUUCAUCAAGUGGAAUCUCAAACUGAGCCAUUCACAGGACUUGACCCAGAGGACCUCCUUCAGGAGGGUCUGCUUCCGCAAUUUGAUGAGUCAACAUUUGGACAAGAUAAUUCAAAUCAUGCUUUAGAUCAUGACCUUGAUCGACACUUUACUUCACAUAUUGUAGCACGGCCUUCUGAUAUGGCUCAAACUCAGUUGCAAUGUCAGGCUCGGAGUUGGCAUUCAUCCUUUUCUAAUCAUCAGCAUUUACAUGACAGAAAUCGCCUGUGUUUACAGCGACAGCCUCCAUCUUCCAAGAAGAAUGAUGGUUCUGGGACAUAUACUAAGUUGCAGAAUACCCAGGUGAGGGUCAUGACUGAGAAGAAGCAGAGAAAAAAGGUGGAAUCGGAAAGCAAGCAAGAAAAGGCUAAUCGUAUAAUAUCAGAGGCCAUAGCAAAAGCAAAGGAGCGUGGGGAACGCAAUAUUCCACGAGUAAUGAGCCCUGAAAACUUUCCUAGUGCUUCAGUUGAAGGCAAAGAGGAAAAGAAAGGUAGAAGGACAAAAUCCAAGCCAAAGGACAAGGACAACAAAAAAAUAAAAACCUGUUCUAAGUUAAAAGAGAAGACAAAGAUUGGCAAACUCAUUAUUACAUUGGGUAAGAAACAGAAAAGAAAAAAUGAGUCUUCAGAUGAAAUAUCUGAUGCAGAGCAUAUGCCAUCACAUGCAUUCAAAGAUCAAGACUCUCAAAAAAGAAGAUCAAAUCGACAAAUAAAAAGAAAAAAAUAUGCAGAAGAUGCAGAAGGGAAGCAAUCUGAAGAAGAGGUUAAAGGCUCUAUGAAAAUAAAAAAGAAUUCAGCUCCUUUACCUGGUGAACAGCCUUUACAGUUAUUUGUGGAGAACCCAAGUGAAGAAGAUGCUGCAAUUGUAGACAAAAUACUGUCUUCUAGAAUUGUUAAAAAGGAAAUAUCACCUGGAGUGAUGAUUGAUACAGAAGAAUUUUUUGUAAAAUACAAGAAUUACUCCUAUCUUCACUGUGAAUGGGCCACAGAAGAGCAGCUUUUGAAAGAUAAAAGGAUCCAGCAGAAAAUUAAACGAUUCAAAUUGAGACAAGCACAAAGAGCACAUUUUUUUGCAGAUAUGGAAGAAGAACCCUUUAACCCAGACUAUGUUGAAGUAGACAGAGUAUUAGAAGUGUCAUUUUGUGAAGAUAAGGAUACUGGUGAGCCUGUUAUUUACUACUUAGUAAAAUGGUGCUCAUUGCCAUAUGAAGAUAGUACAUGGGAACUAAAGGAAGAUGUAGAUCUGGCAAAAAUAGAAGAGUUUGAACAACUACAAGCUUUGAGACCUGACACAAGACAUUUGGACCGCCCUCCCUCUAAUAUUUGGAAGAAAAUAGAUCAAUCCAGGGACUACAAAAAUGGCAAUCAACUCAGGGAAUAUCAACUGGAAGGACUCAACUGGCUCUUGUUCAACUGGUACAACAGACGAAACUGCAUUUUAGCAGAUGAAAUGGGUCUUGGCAAAACCAUUCAAUCAAUUACAUUCCUCUACGAAAUCCUUCUGACUGGUAUAAGAGGACCUUUCCUGAUUAUUGCACCACUUUCUACCAUUGCAAACUGGGAGAGAGAAUUUCGUACAUGGACUGAUAUUAAUGUUGUGGUUUAUCAUGGAAGCCUGAUUAGCAGACAGAUGAUACAGCAAUAUGAGAUGUACUUCAGGGACUCACAGGGACGCAUCAUUCGAGGAGCUUACAGAUUCCAAGCCAUCAUCACCACUUUUGAAAUGAUUCUCGGAGGCUGUGGAGAGCUUAAUGCAAUUGAAUGGCGAUGUGUAAUUAUUGAUGAAGCACAUAGGUUAAAAAAUAAAAACUGUAAACUCUUAGAAGGUUUGAAACUCAUGAAUCUGGAACACAAGGUGCUUUUGACUGGCACUCCUCUCCAAAAUACAGUUGAAGAACUUUUCAGUCUUCUUCAUUUUCUUGAACCUUUAAGGUUUCCUUCUGAAUCAACAUUUAUGCAAGAAUUUGGAGAUCUGAAAACAGAGGAACAGGUGCAAAAACUUCAAGCUAUCCUGAAACCAAUGAUGUUGAGACGAUUAAAAGAAGAUGUUGAAAAGAAAUUGGCACCUAAGGAAGAAACUAUCAUUGAAGUAGAACUUACUAAUAUUCAAAAAAAAUACUACCGGGCUAUUUUGGAGAAGAAUUUUUCAUUUUUGUCCAAAGGAGCAGGACAAACUAAUGUACCUAACUUGGUCAAUACCAUGAUGGAGCUUAGGAAAUGCUGUAAUCAUCCAUAUCUUAUCAAAGGUGCUGAGGAGAAAAUACUUGGAGAAUUUAGAGAUACAUAUAAUCCAACUGCUACUGAUUUUCAUCUUCAAGCAAUGAUCCAGUCAGCUGGUAAAUUGGUCCUUAUUGAUAAAUUGCUUCCCAAAAUGAAAGCAGGAGGUCAUAAAGUGCUCAUAUUCUCUCAGAUGGUACGUUGCCUUGAUAUUCUGGAGGACUAUCUCAUACAUAAAAGAUAUUUAUAUGAGCGAAUUGAUGGAAGAGUCAGAGGGAAUCUUCGACAAGCUGCUAUAGAUCGAUUUAGUAAACCUGAUUCAGAUCGAUUUGUUUUUCUCCUGUGUACCCGAGCUGGUGGGUUGGGCAUCAAUUUAACUGCAGCUGAUACAUGUAUAAUUUUUGAUUCUGAUUGGAACCCUCAAAAUGACCUUCAGGCCCAAGCUCGUUGCCACAGAAUUGGUCAGAACAAAGCAGUUAAAGUCUACAGAUUAGUUACUCGUAACUCAUAUGAGAGAGAGAUGUUUGACCGAGCCAGUCUCAAACUGGGCCUAGAUAAAGCUGUGUUACAGAGCAUGAGUGGAAGAGAAAGUAAUGUUGGUGGUAUUCAACAGCUUUCUAAAAAGGAAAUAGAAGACCUGCUUCGACGAGGUGCUUAUGGUGCCAUUAUGGAGGAAGAAGAUGAAGGCUCUAAAUUCUGUGAAGAGGAUAUAGAUCAGAUUUUACUACGUCGUACAAAAACAAUUACAAUUGAAUCAGAAGGACGUGGGUCAACAUUUGCCAAGGCAAGUUUUGUGGCAUCUGGAAACCGGACUGAUAUUUCCUUAGAUGAUCCCAACUUCUGGCAAAAAUGGGCCAAAAAAGCAGAAAUAGACAUAGAUGCCAUCAGUGGCAGAAAUAGCUUGGUUAUUGACACUCCAAGAAUUAGGAAGCAAACAAGACCAUUUAGUGCCACAAAAGAUGAGUUGGCUGAAUUAUCUGAAGCUGAAAGUGAAGGAGAUGAAAAACCCAAACUACGGAGACCCUGUGAUCGUUCCAAUGGCUAUGGAAGAACUGAAUGCUUCAGAGUAGAGAAAAACUUGCUAGUUUAUGGGUGGGGCCGAUGGAGAGAGAUUCUAUCUCAUGGACGUUUUAAAAGGCAGCUAAAUGAGCAUGAUGUAGAAAUAAUUUGCCGAGCUCUCUUGGCAUAUUGCCUUGUUCACUACCGAGGAGAUGAGAAAAUUAAAGGUUUCAUAUGGGAUCUCAUUACUCCAACUGAAGAUGGGCAGACACGAGAGUUGCAAAAUCAUCUAGGCCUGUCAGCUCCUGUACCCAGGGGUCGAAAAGGGAAGAAAGUGAAGACUCAAACAAGUUCAUUUGAUAUACAAAAAGCAGAAUGGCUUCGAAAAUAUAAUCCUGAGCAGCUACUUCAAGAUGAAGGCUACAAAAAACAUAUAAAACACCACUGUAAUAAGGUUUUGCUUCGUGUAAGAAUGCUAUAUUACCUAAAGCAAGAAGUCAUUGGAAAUGAGUGUCAAAAAGUAUUUGAUGGAGUAGAUGCAAGUGAUAUUGAUGUUUGGGUACCAGAACCAGACCAUUCAGAAGUUCCUGCUGAGUGGUGGGACUUUGACGCUGAUAAGUCUCUCCUUAUAGGGGUUUUUAAACAUGGAUAUGAAAAAUAUAACACUAUCCGAGCAGACCCAGCAUUAUGCUUCUUAGAAAGAGUGGGAAAACCUGAUGACAAAGCCGUUGCUGCUGAACAGAGAGCCAAUGAUUUUAUGGAUGGGGAUGUGGAAGAUCCAGAAUACAAGCCUGCCCCAGCCAUCUUUAAAGAUGAUAUAGAGGAUGAUGUUUCCUCACCUGGAGAUCUUGUUAUAGCAGAUGGAGAUGGUCAACUGAUGGAGGGUGAUAAAAUUUAUUGGCCUACUCAGUCAGCUUUAACCACACGGUUGAGACGUCUUAUCACUGCAUAUCAACGUACUAAUAAAAACAGACAAAUCCAGCAGAUACAACCAACCUUCUCAGUGCCUGCCAGUGUAAUGCAUCCUCUUUAUGAAGAAGCCACUCUUAAUCCUAAAAUGGCAGCCAAGAUAGAAAGACAACAGAGAUGGACAAGAAGAGAAGAAGCUGACUUUUAUCGAGUUGUAUCUACAUUUGGAGUUGUUUUUGACCCUGAUAGAGGCCAAUUUGAUUGGACAAAAUUUAGAGCUAUGGCUAGGUUACAUAAGAAAACUGAUGAAAGUUUGGAGAAAUACUUGUAUGCAUUCAUGUCCAUGUGUCGGAGGGUUUGUCGUCUUCCUUCCAAAGAAGAAUUGGUAGAUCCAAAUAUUUUUAUCCAACCAAUCACAGAAGAACGUGCUUCUAGGACUUUGUAUCGCAUUGAACUUCUGAGGAAAGUACGGGAGCAGGCCCUUCGACAUCCACAGUUGUUUGAACGCUUGAAGCUUUGUCAUCCAAAUCCAGACUUGCCAGUCUGGUGGGAAUGUGGCCCUCAUGAUAGGGAUUUGCUUAUUGGCGCUGCUAAACAUGGGGUGAGCCGAACAGAUUAUCAUAUUCUUCGUGAUCCUGAACUCUCAUUUAUGGCAGCUCAAAGGAACUACAGUCAAAGUAAGAUGACUCAUUCAAGGACUUCUACCCCACUUUUACAGCAAUACCAAGUAGCACUUUCCGCUUCUCCUCUUACCUCUUUACCUAGGCUCCUAGAUGCUAAAGGUAUUAUUCUAGAGGAUAUGAAAGUUAAAAGUGAAACCCUUAAAGAAGAGCCUCAGUCUUCUGAAGAAGAAUCUAUGUCUUCUGUGGAAACCAGGACACUAAUAAAGUCCGAGCCUGUAAGUCCAAAGAAUGGUGUUUUAUCACAGGCUACUGGAGACCAGAAAUCUGGUGGAAAAGUUGAAACAGACAGACGCAUGGUUGCAGCCAGAACAGAACCCCUAACUCCAAACCCAGCUUCUAAGAAACAGAGAGUCCACAAAAGAGGAUCAGAAUCUAGUUCUGAUUCUGACUCUGAUUCUGAGAGAUCAUCCUGUUCUUCCAGAUCAUCAUCUUCCUCGUCUUCUUCCUCUUCUUGUUCCCAUUCUCGAUCAGGCUCUAGUUCUUCUUCAUCCUCAUCAUGUUCUUCAGCAUCAUCUUCAUCCUCCUCAUCCUCCUCCUCCUCCUCAUCUUCUUCAUCUUCAUCAGAAGAAAGUGACAGUGAAGAAGAGGAAGUCCAAAAGCGAGCAGAAAGUACCCCUCACAUGAAGGCCUAUGAUGAAGAAAGUGUUGCAUCACUGAGCACUACCCAGGAUGAGACCCAGGAUAGUUUCCAAAUAAACAAUGGGACACCAGAAUCUGCUUACCUCUUACAGGGUGGUUACAUGCUGGCAGCUUCAUAUUGGCCAAAGGAUCGUGUGAUGAUCAACCGACUGGACAGUAUUUGUCAAACAGUUCUCAAAGGGAAGUGGCCUUCAGCUAGAAGAAGUUAUGAUGCUAACACAGUGGCUUCUUUUUAUACCACAAAACUACUGGACAGCCCUGGAGCAGCUACAGAAUAUAGCGAGUCCAGUGUUCCCACUCCCCCAGGUGCUGGUGUCAAAGAAGAACAUGAUCAGUCAACACAGAUGUCAAAGGUGAAGAAGCAUGUACGAGAAAAGGAGUUUACAGUGAAAAUCAAAGACGAAGGUGGUUUGAAGUUGACAUUUCAGAAGCAAGGGCUUGCCCAAAAAAGACCAUUUGAUAGCGAAGAUGGUGCGCUGGGGCAGCAGCAGUACCUCACUCGACUUCGGGAACUUCAAAGUGCAUCAGAGACAAGCCUCGUCAAUUUUCCAAAAUCUAUGCCUGUAUCAGGUACUUCCAUUCAAUCAACAAUUGGUGCCAAUGGAGUGAUCUUAGACAACCAGCCUGUAGUCAAAAAAAGGCGGGGAAGGAGGAAGAAUGUAGAAGGUGUUGACAUCCUCUUUUUUAACAGAAAUAAACCACCUAAUCAUGUUACUUUAGGUUUAACCACCUCACAGAUUUCCACAGGGAUAAAUCCAGCAUUAUCCUAUCCUCAACCUCAAGGAAUUCCUGAUACAGAAAGUCCAGUUCCAGUUAUUAAUCUUAAAGAUGGGACAAGACUUGCAGGAGAUGAUGCACCGAAGAGAAAGGAUUUGGAAAAAUGGCUUAAGGAUCAUCCAGGUUAUGUGGAAGAUUUAGGAGCUUUUAUUCCUAGAGUGCAGCUUCAUGAAGGAAGACCCAAACAAAAAAGACAUCGUUGCAGAAACCCCAAUAAGCUUGAUGUUAAUACUCUUACUGGAGAAGAACGUGUUCAACUGAUUAACAGAAGAAAUGCCAGAAAGGUUGGAGGUGCAUUUGCUCCCCCUUUGAAAGACUUAUGUAGAUUUCUAAAAGAAAAUUCAGAAUAUGGAGUAGCUCCUGAAUGGGGAGAUGUUGUUAAGCAAUCUGGGUUUCUUCCAGAAAGUAUGUAUGAACGUAUUCUCACGGGUCCUGUCGUGAGAGAGGAAGUAAGCAGGCGGGGGAGACGCCCUAAAAGUGGAAUUGUGAAGGCCACAGCAGCAGCUGCUGCUGCUGCAACUGCCACCAGUGUUUCAGGCAAUCCUUUGUUAGCCAAUGGAUUACUCCCAGGUGUGGAUCUCACAACUCUUCAGGCCUUACAACAAAAUCUACAGAAUUUGCAGUCACUGCAAGUAACUGCAGGGCUAAUGGGAAUGCCUGCUGGCCUUUCUUCUGGAGGAGAAGCUAAAAACAUGGCUGCUAUGUUCCCCAUGCUGCUGUCAGGAAUGGCAGGAUUACCAAAUCUGUUGGGCAUGGGAGGACUCCUAACAAAACCUGCAGAUUCUGGGGCAGAAGAGAAAAAGGGAAAUGACUCUAAGGAGCACGAAGGAAAAAAAGAAAGGACAGAGAGCCAAAGUUCAGAGAAUGGUGGAGAAAACUCUGUGUCAAGUUCUCCUUCAACUUCCUCUACUGCUGCAUUAAAUACAGCUGCAGCUGCCAACCCAUUAGCUCUUAACCCACUAUUACUAUCUAAUAUACUUUAUCCAGGGAUGCUUCUCACUCCAGGCCUUAAUCUUCAUAUUCCAACUUUGUCCCAGUCCAAUACUUUUGAUGUACAGAAAAGCAAAAACAGUGACUUAGGCUCAUCUAAGACUGUAGAAGUAAAGGAAGAAGAUUCCAGAGUUAAAGAUCAGGAAGACAAAGGGGGAACUGAACCUAGUCCUCUCAAUGAAAACAGCACAGAUGAUGGUUCAGAGAAAGCUGAUGCUUCAUCUGGAUCUGAUAGUACAUCAUCGUCAUCCGAGGAUUCAGAUUCUAGUAAUGAAGACUGAUUCCCAGACUCUGCACUUAAAUUAUGAACUGAUUUUGAGUUUUUUCUUUAAUUUUAAUUGUAAAUAUCCCAGUGUUGAGUGCAUCAAUAACUUACUGACCGAACAUUUCAGUUAUUUGUUUAGAAGUGCAAACUGCUUUCAGAGACGUUUUGCAUGUAAAAUUUCUUAAGAUUCAUAAGUUUCUGAACUCGUAUGUACUAUCAAAUACAUAAACGUAUAAAAUUACAACAAAAGGCAUUAUAAUUUUGUUGGGGGUUAAUUUUAUGAAAAUUAUGCUCAAUAAGAGUUGUAUAUUUAAUAUAUUUGCAGUGAACACAGAAUACUUUAUGCAUAUUACUGAUUUAAUUUGAAUAUAGUUUUACAGCCUCCUUGACACCUAUAAUUUACAGAUCAAAACUCAGCAAUAAUUUGGGCAGCUAAUGAAUGUCAUGAAAGCUGUAGAAUCUACAUCACCAUCCAUUGCUUUAAUUACAUGAAAAUGCUCUAGUGUUGUGAUGCACUGCUGAUGUUUCCAAUUCAGGUACAAGUAUGUUUUAAAGAAGAAAUAAGUUUCCCAAUCAGCCAAUUUAACUGGCUACCUGUUACCUCAGCUGAGUUAGUUUAGGAAGUUUACAUUCGUUUCUAAUUCUGUACUUGUUUUCAGGGGUUUUUUAAACACAUCCUAUAUAUCAUGUUAAUCUGACAAGGAAUAUGACUUGCUUUUUGCUGAGCUUAACUUGGAAAUCAGUAAAAUAAGUCAUAAAAUAAUCCUGUGUCAUGUGAUUUUGGCACCCUAUAGACAUAGAUUUAACUUUUCAAAGUUUGGCCUCCUAUUAGAAAUAAUUAUGUCUCAGAUGAGUAAUGUCUGUUUCCAGGGUUCAGAAAAGGCAGACUCAUGAAAUGCCACUGAAAAGAACUUUCAACACAGCAUACUUCAUGUAAAAGAAAUUGUUUGUUUGCUUUAUUUGUGUAGAUUUCUUUUUGUGUUUUAUGUCAUGGAAAUAUUCCAAAAUAGCAGAUAACAGUGGUAAAGUAAUAAUACAGAUAGCCUAAAUUCAUUUUGAGUUUCUAGGUGUAAGCAGACUAAAUAUUGCCCAGAAUCAGUGUUGGGUUAUCAGUUUAUAUUAAAUAUACUGAGCUGCCCAUUUUGAAAACGCACUUUGAAGAAUCUCAAAAAGAUGUACAAGUUAUACCUAUAAACCACAAAAAUGAAGCCCAAGGCUUCUGUUCAAUUUCUUAGAAUCCUUUACCAUGUAAAAUCUGUCCAAUAUUUGAUUUGUGAUUCAAUUUCUCCUGCUAAAGCUGCUAUUACUCUGACAAGGUAGAGGUCCAGGUUCACCUUCCAUAUACAUUGUAAACAAUUAGAACUGAAUUGAACAUAAAAAUAUUUACAUCCUGAGGAAAGAGAAACAUUUGCAUUUUUCUGGUACCCAAAUAAGUCAGUGAUAAAGUUUGCAAGGGUAUAAAUAAAGGGGGGGAAAGUACCUCAUUUCUCUCCUACAGAAAAAAUAACUUUUACUAUUUUGAUAGAACUGUUUUGUCAUGAAUUAAGCAAUUGUAUUAGGUUUUCCAAGACCUUUACCAGUAAAUUAUGUUUCUGUAUGUAAAGUAACUAACCCCUUAUUAGAGAGACAGUGUUAUAUGUAUUUACAAAAUUAUAUAAGUUCCAUUGGGAUUGUAUUGAUUUUUGUAUUUUCCCAAAAUAGUUCUUUGAAUCGAUAGUCCUUUAUGCAAUGUCUUAGCAAUAGUCACUCUUAUGCCCAUCCAGGAGAAGUGGGUAGUAAUUCUUCAUCAUGAAAAUGCUAUAUUACAUAUUUAGUAUCUUCCCUUUGCAGUAUUGCACUUUUGUUUAACUAGAAUACACCUUUGAGAUAGCCAAAGUUUUUCAAACACAAUAAACUUAGUUUGCCAGUGGAGUAUUUCGACACCAUAUUUCCCUUCCCUCCUCUAGUUCUACCCACAUGAUCUUUAUUCCUUUCUUUCCCCAGAUUAAAAACAAAGGAACAAAUCCCUAGAUCUUGUCAACUAAAACCUAAUUUAUAUCAAAUCUAUGAGAGAAAGUAUUUUCCUAAUUAUGGUCAAAUGAAUUUGGUUAACAUCCUAGUGAUUCUCUUUGUAUGUAAUAAGGCAAUUACAGUUUUCACAACAUUAAAGCUAAUGUUAACUUUAACAUUCUCUUGGGUUUCAAGACAUUUCUAUGUAAUAUUGAUUGGGGGAGAAAAGUUGUCCAGCUAUCAGCUAAGGGGAAAAAAAACACAUGCAAAUAUGAUUGUGUUAAGUUAAGGGUUAUAAGGAAAAAAUCAGUAGAAUUACAUAAUACUAAAGUUGCAGUUGAAAGGAUAUCCAAGUAUGUGUUGGUAGUUACUAAAGAAUUAUAGCUGAUAUUGCCUUGUAUUUAUAGCCCUUGUUUCAGGUUUCAUGAUUCAAGUCUUAGUCCAAGUUUUCUUUUGGACAUUUGCAAUAUUUACCAGUUGUGUUUUGUGUAGUCUGAAUUUGCUUUCUGUAGUUGAGCAAACGUCUUAAAAAGUCAUUUGUAAUUUAUUAAAUUACUUUCUAUGAUGUUCUAUAGAGCAAAUGGAAGUUUAAUUAUUUUUUAUUAAACAUAUUCUUUGACUACCCAUGA